AUGCAGACGCGCUUUAUAAUGCGCCCUCCUGCAGAAAACUCGAAGCAACUUGCUUUCCCCGGUGCCGAGGGCUUUGGUCGCUAUGCCACCGGUGGUAGGGAGGGUAGCGUCUAUGUCGUUUCGAACCUGAAGGAAGAAGGUGAAGGCUCUCUGAGAGAUGCCGUUUCCAAGUCGGACCGCAUUGUCGUCUUUGCAGUGGGCGGCACCAUCAACAUUACCGACCGUCUCGUCGUCAGCGAGAGGGUUACCAUCCUGGGCCAGACGGCGCCUGGUGGCGGAAUUACGACGUACGGCAACGGAUGGUCCUUUUCCAACGCCCACAACUCCAUUGUGCGCUACGUCCGCAUUCGCAUGGGCAAGAACGGCGACAAGGGCAAGGAUGCCGUCACCAUCGCCGACGGCGAGAACAUGAUCUUCGACCAUCUUUCCGUGUCCUGGGGCCGUGACGAGACCUUCUCCAUCAGCGGCGACGUCAAGAACAUCACGAUCCAAAACAGCAUCAUUGGCCAAGGUCUGGUGUCGCACUCUUGCGGCGGUCUCAUCCAAACCGACGGCGGCGUCUCGCUUUUCCGCAACCUCUACAUCGACAACAAGACGCGCAACCCCAAGGUCAAGGGCGUGAACGACUUCACCAACAACGUCGUCUACAACUGGGGUGGCGGAGGAGGAUACAUUGCCGGCGGCUCCAGCAGCGAGUCCUUUGUCCACGUCAUUGGCAACUACUUUGUUUCCGGUCCCGAGACCAAGGUCACCGCUUUCACGCGCGGCAACGACAAGUUCCACGCCUACGUCAAAGGAAACUUCUACGACUCCGACAAAGACGGCGAGCUCAACGGCUCCGAGCUCGGCGAAUCGUCUACCAACUACGGCGGCAUGGACCUCGUCACCGAGAAGUACGACUACCCCGCUCCGAAGACGAUCCUGGAUGCUGCUGCUGCUCUCAAAUACGUUUCUGGCCAUGCUGGCGCAUCCCUCGUCCGCGACCCCGUCGACACGCUUCUCGUCAAGCAGCUGCAGUCGUUCGGAAAGGAGGGUGCGCUCAUCUCGGAUGAGGCGGAUGUCGGUGGUCCCGGCUACGUUGACCCCGGAACUACCCCCAAGGACUCCGAUAAUGACGGCAUCCCGGAUGAUGCGGAGACGAAGCUCGGCACCGAUUCCGGCAAGGAUGACAGCAUGGAUGACAAGGAUGGCAACGGCUACGUCAACGUGGAGGACUGGGCUAACUCUUUGGUCCCUUCGAGCUACGAGUAGACGACAUCUGUGGUACGGAUGCUCUUGUUAAGUUGUUUGCUAGCUGGC